UCCUCCGAAGUAUCGUGCACGCGAAGUUUGAAACAUAGUACGGUACGAUGGGUGCAGUACUUCCUACCGUCAUGUAAAGGUCUGUACUUACAUCGGCGUGUCUUCAAGUUUUCGCCUUCACGCUUGGGCUGCAGUACGGUCUCGAGGCAGGGAUGACAGUGGCCGAGUAUCUGUCACAGCUCGGCACCAACCCAUAUUUUGGGGCUGGAUUUGGCCUCUUUGGGGUUGGUGCAGCAGCGGCAGCACUGCGGAAGGGAAUGCAGUGGGGCAUGGUGCUGUUCAGGCGCCACUACAUGAUCACCCUGGAGGUGCCCUGCCGGGACAAGAGCUACCAGUGGCUGCUGCAGUGGAUCACACGGCACGCUCGCCACACGCAGCACCUGAGCGUCGAGACCACCUUCCUGCAGCCGGAGGCCGGUGGCAGUGCACGCACCUCCUUCGACUUCAUUCCCAGCGUGGGCACACACUUCUUUGCGUACGGGGGCUCGUGGAUCCGGGUGGAACGAAGCCGGGAGCAACACACCCUGGACUUGCACAUGGGUGUGCCCUGGGAAACGGUCACGCUGACCGCACUGGGUCGAGACCGGCAACUCUUCUUCCGCUUGCUUGAGGAAGCACGUGCCCUUGCCCUGGAGAAGGAGGCAGGCCGCACGGUGGUCUACUCUGCCAUGGGCUCAGAGUGGCGGCCCUUUGGUCUGCCUCGGCAGCGGAGGCCUCUGGACUCGGUCAUUCUGGACGCCGGCAUAGCCGAGCGUCUGUUGGCCGACAUCCGGGAAUUCAUCGCCAAUCCCCAGUGGUAUGCCGAGCGAGGCAUCCCAUACCGAAGAGGCUACCUGCUGUAUGGGCCCCCAGGCUGUGGCAAAAGCAGUUUCAUCACAGCCCUGGCGGGUGCCCUAGAGUACAGCAUCUGCGUGCUCAACUUGAGUGAGCGGGGCCUCUCGGACGACCGUCUACAGCACCUCAUGUCAGUGGCGCCCCAGCAGAGCAUCAUCCUGCUGGAGGACAUUGAUGCUGCCUUUGUCAGUCGUGAGGAAAGCAGCACAGUGAAGGCAGCCUAUGAGGGCCUCAGCAGGGUGACGUUCAGUGGUCUGCUCAACAUGCUGGAUGGAGUAGCCUCUGCUGAGGCACGAAUUGUCUUUAUGACCACCAAUCAUCUGGACCGGCUGGACCCCGCCCUUAUCCGUCCGGGACGGGUGGACGUGCGCGAGUUCGUGGGCCCCGCGAGCGACCACCAGCUGGCGGCGCUCUUCAGGCGUUUCUACCCGCACGAAGGCGAGGCCGACGCCGGCGCAUUCGUCCAGGCCGUGCGGCAAGAGUUUGGCGAGACGCCCCUGAGCAUGGCGCUGGUGCAAGGAUACUUCCUCUUUCACAAGGAUGACCCCCGGUCAGCCAUCCGAAACGUUGCCCAGAUGGCCAAGUUGUGACGACGGGCGUGCCACUGUAGCAGU